AUGACUAGAAUUAAACGCGGAUAUAUAGCUCGGAGGCGUAGAACAAAACUUCGUUUAUUUGCAUCAAGCUUUCAAGGGGCUCAUUCACGACUUACACGAACUAUGACUCAACAGAGAAUAAGAGCUUUAGUUUCGGCUCGUCGGGAUAGGGGUAAAAGAAAAAGAGAUUUUCGUCGUUUAUGGAUCACUCGAAUAAAUGCCGUAAUUCACGAAACGGAGGUAUUCUAUAGUUAUAACCGAUUCAUACACAAUCUGUACAAGAAGCAAUUACUUCUUAAUCGAAAAAUACUUGCACAAAUAGCUCUAUUAAAUAGGAGUUGUCUUUAUACGAUUUCAAAUGAGAUCAAAAAAUGA